GGAAGUCUAACACUGAGGGCUCGAGUUCAUGGCGGUGGUCUGCGAGGCUGGUCUCCGUUUUCGGCGGAGCUUCCCCCUUCUCCGCUGCCUCCGUGCGCACAGUUACUGGCGGCUGCUUCUCACCAACACACUUCAUAGCAACAGCAAACUUCUCAGCCAAAGAAACCUGGUCCGAAAUGGCGAGCAGAGAAAAUCAGUGAUUUGCAUUGAAGGAAACAUUGCCAGUGGCAAAACGACGUGUCUGGAAUACUUCAGCAAAACCAGUAACACAGAAGUGCUGACAGAACCUAUUUCCAAAUGGAGAAAUGUGCAAGGACACAAUCCACUCGCUCUGAUGUACGAGGACCCAGUGCGAUGGGGGAUCACGCUACAGACGUAUGUGCAGCUGACCAUGCUGGACCGGCACCUGUCCACGGGGUUAGCACCGGUGAGGAUGAUGGAGAGGUCCAUCUACAGCGCUAAGUAUAUAUUUGUGGAAAAUCUCUUCAAAAGUGGAAAGAUGCCAGAGGUGGACUUUGCUGUUCUGACCGAGUGGUUCAACUGGAUCAUUAAGAACAUUGACAUUCCUGUAGACCUGAUUGUUUACCUCCAGACGUCGCCACAGACCUGCCUCGAGCGUUUGAAGCAGCGGUGUCGGGAGGAGGAGAAGGUCAUACCCAUGGAAUAUCUGGAGUCUAUUCAUAACCUGUAUGAGGACUGGUUGAUAAACCAGACCACAUUUAAGGUUCCUGCCCCAGUUCUUGUCAUUCCUGCGGAUCAUGACCUCCAGAAGAUGAUCCGUCAGUAUGAGGAGAACAGGGAGAGGAUUUUAACAGCGCAUCAUGCCUGACUCUGGGUCAGCAGGACACCAGUGAGACGGAGCAUGGUUUCUCCUUCACCAUAUGUGCAUGUGUACCAUGUGUCUUUUAGCAUGCAGGCACUUUAUCAGUUGCUUACUGCAGAGGUCCUCAUGUCAAUCCUCCGUGUCCACAAAUCCAUGUUUACUCUGCUCCCAGUCUCAAGACUAACCAUACACUCGCCCCCACUGAACGGGACGGGGACGCACUGGAAGACACACGGUAUUCAUGCGUAGGGAUUGAAUUGCAUUAUUGUAUUUGUAGUCCAUUAUGUCAUUGUUAGCAUAUUGAUGUAUAUGUUUGUGUGAAUGGAGGAAGUGGACCACGCGCAGAAGCCAAGAAACGGUUUGACCACAGAACGACUUCACAUGUCCAAAGAGAGUUCUGUCUGCUCAUGUACAAGCAUGAUGUAAAACUGGACUGUGAAAAUGCGAGAGAACUGACUAAUAACGUGGUUUUGAAGAGCUUAUUUAUUUUGAUGUGUAAAAGACAAUUCUUCAGAAAGGCACUGGUGAUUCGAAGACCAAGAACUACCUUCAGCACAUGAAGAUCAACUCUCCACAUAAUGUUUGUUACAGGAAGAGUUUGUAUAGUUUUAGGUUCAAUUUUAAUAAUUUGUUGAAAUCUGUUCAGCCUACCUGUUUAAAAUAAAGUCACUUUUUUAUGGCAUAGUCCAUAUAAAGAGUUAGCAAAUGAAA